AUUAACCAAAAUACCCCGAAUCUGUACCUAAAAAUCUCACUAUUCUAUUACUCUACACCACUUGAAUUUUUUCGGCAUAUUUUUCCAACGCACCGGAAACGAGCAAAGGACAAAUACUUAAAUGCACUUAACACAGCAAUGAACCAGACUAAUGAUCAUAAGUGUCUAGAUAAACUUGAGAACAUGAAAAAAUCUGUAAAUGAAGCAAGAAUUCUGCGGGACUGGGAGAAAUGGAUGCACGAGAAAGCUGCAAUUUCAGUUUGUCACUCUAUCUGCAAAAUAAAUCUUGACCUUCAUGAAGUAAUAAAUACAGAAGCUAAAAGCAAGGAUGUAUUACCAGAAGAAGAAGAGUGUAGUGAAGAAGUUGACAAGGAGAGUAAAGAGCAAGAUGCCAAUGUGAAUAACCCUGACCUAGAACAUGAUAUUGAUGAAGAUAUAGAAGAUGUAGCAGAAAAGACAGCAUUUGUUCUUAACAUUUUCCAAGAGUCCAUAAUAAUAACUGCAUCUUCAGCAGAUAAGAAGCUAGCAGACAUCUUCUGA